CUCAAAACGAUCUGAACCACCCCGCCAAAAAUUCCCACAACCCUUUUAAAAUAAAAGAAGAGAAUUAUAGUAACUGAUUGGAUUAUAUUUUGUUAAUUCUGGAAUUGACUGACCGCCGCCGCGAGAGCUGUUCCGUUGCAGAUUCAUCCGGAAUGAUAUAGUGGAUGUUUGCUCUCAGAAAUUAAAACACAAGGACGGAUUCAACAUGUACGGGAGAAAAGGGUAUCAGCUGGUUAAGGAUUUUGCGAGUGGAGAGAAGGGUCAGCUCAAACCUUUCAAUAGCAAGCUCUUUGAUGAGACAAUCGAAGAAUGCCGGCAGAAUCAACGUCUCAUCCAGUCUCUCAUGAGGAAAAUGGAACAAGAAGGGUUGGAUGUUCAGAACAAUAGAAACGCUGACUACUAUGGAGCACUCGUUCAUCACCUUUCUUUGAUCCGCAACAAACGCUGCCUCAUGGCCUAUGUGCACAAUAGAGCCGACAUUGUGCGUGAUUUGGGGUGGAGAGUAGGACUUGAACUUCUCGAACUUCCACCUGAGAUCCAAGAGAAGCUCACCACACUCGAGAAGGAGUACUUCAAGAACCAUUCCGCUGCUAUCAAAUCGUACAUGGGGAAAGCAGGAAUCGAUUUGAAUGUCGAUAUGGUGCCUCCAAAGGAUCCGUACAUUAAGGUCAGAGUUGUGGGAGAUAUCGACGAAGGAAUUGUGAUGAGUGACAAGACAACAAAUUUCGCACGUCACUCUAUGCAUUUCCUCAAACGAACUGAUGCAGAACCCUACAUUGCUCGGGGGCAAAUGGAGGAGCUGACAGGUUGAGGUUGAUUGAUCUAAUAGAAGCUUCGGUGGUGUCACAGAUUAAUCACACGGUAUUGGUUUGUGAACAAAAAGAGUGUAAGCUUACAUAGUCUUUUUCUUAUUUGUAUAAUUGUAAGACAGGAACAAUGAAACCUCAUACCCAAAAAACUCAAUGUACAAUUUAUUUUCUCUUUCAAAGUAACUUGAGUGAUGCAUUAUAAGGAACAAGGCAUUUGCUUUGG